AUGCCUCCCGUUCGAAACAGGGGAACGAGAGGAGAAGAAAAUCGGGAAGGCUCUUCGUCAUCAAAUAACGCAGAUUCCAUAGAGAGUCUUCGACGACAGUGCGCCGAGAAGGGAUUAUUAACCCAUGGACGCAAGAAUGCCUUAGUCGCUCGCCUUCAAAACCACGCCGCAGAAAAUGUAAAUCCGCCAUCAACACCACCACAAGUCGAGGUCUCGUCAGCGUUGCUUACUGAAUCACAGAUAGCGCAAAUCCAGUCGAUCAUAACGCGAACCGUGGAACAAUCGGUAAGCGAAAUAGCAUCCAAUGCAGCCCGCGCUGCUGUUCAAGCCAUGGCAAACUCGACGCCUAACACUAUCGAGAAUACCUUAGUCGUCCAGGAUGAAAGCGAAGAAAUAACUGUUAACCCCAGCUCAAAUACCACGUCAACCAACGCGCGUACGUUUGGUUCCAAUCAGGCAGCGGACAGCGUGGCAUAUGGAAAUGGCUUUCACGAGGUUCCCGCGCAGGACAUCAAACAAAUUCAAUCGGGUGAGUUUUUUUAUUCAUCUAAACUUUUACCAAAAAACAUGUCAACCAAUAACCACUCCGACGAGCCUAUGAUAUUAACUCUCGAAAACUCAGUAAUCAAGGUCAAAAAGGCGUUGCAGCCAAUUUCUAGGAUAACCGAUAUCGAGCAGUGGACAACCGCAUUCACUGUAUACAUGAGCGUGAUGACCCAUAAGUUCCCCGGUCAGGGCCAAGAAUUGUUAAAUUAUUUGAGUUUGACACGCCAUGCAGCCCAAACUCACUGUGGACUGGGGUGGUGUGUAUACGACCAUAAAUUUCGAUGCAAGGCUGCUCUCAACCCCAGUCAAAAUUGGUCCCUGAUUGAUCAGCAGUUGUGGCUGAUGAUAUUCACAAGCUCGCCAGACAUCUUAGUCCAACAGUAUCCUCAUUUUUCAAAUGGACCCCACAAUUGGGCUUCCUCCGGGGGCGUUCGAGGAGGCCUCGAAAUUUCAACAGGGGAGUUGGGUGUUUCCGUCAGCCACGCCAAUACCAACACCUCUGCAACACAUGUAAUGGCAAACAUUCUGGAUCUCCAUGUCCCUCGCUCAAUUCCAAGUCAGUCAAAUACGAUGAGCGAGAUUGAAAACGUGAGCACAACUCCUCAAAAUCCAAACGAAGUUAAAGACCAACCACUCCCUACACCUAUUUCCAUCCAACAUUUAAAAACAGCACUUUCAAGUCACCCAGACCAAAAUUUUGUUUCACAGCUUUGUAACAACUUUAAAUUUGGUGUGCACAUAGGUUUUCAGGGGCCACGGGCCCCAAGGUUUUCAAGGAAUUUGCCAACGGCUUUCGCUAACCCAGAUAUUGUUUCUUCAAAUUUGGCAACUGAAGUUUCGCUUGGUCGCAUAGCUGGUCUGUUUGAUAGUCCCCCAUUUAAAAAUUUUCAAGUUUCUCCAAUUGGCUUAGUACCAAAGAAAAAUUCAAAUAAAUUUCGUACAACUUUCCAUCUAUCGUAUCCGAAGUCAGGCUCAACCAGCAUAAAUUGUAGUAUUCCCAAAGAGGAUUACAGUCUUCAAUAUGUAAGAAUAGACGAUGCUAUCAAAGGUAUUAAGCAAUUUGGUGCAGGUUGCUUUCUUGCUAAAACUGAUAUUGAAUCGGCUUUCAGGUUAGUUCCUAUCCAUCCAGACGACUAUGAGCUUUUAGGCAUGUGUUGGGAAGGGAAGUACUAUUAUGAUAAGGUUCUUCCUUUCGGGUUACGGAGUGCCCCUUCCAUCUUCAACCAACUUUCAGAUGCCCUUGAAUGGAUUUUGCUAAAUAAAUGUAAUAUCUCAUUUGUGUGCCACAUACUGGAUGAUUUUCUUUUAAUCGAGCCUCCAGCGGUCUUGCCUCCUUACAAUAGCCUUUGCCAGCAAAGCUUAACACACAUGUUGUCUACUUUUCAAACUAUUAAUAUCCCUAUAGCUCAGGGCAAAACACAAGGCCCCUCACAGGUAAUCGAGUUUAUGGGUAUUUUAUUAGACACUAUUAAGAUGCAAGCUAGACUCCCUCCUGACAAAAUUGACAGGCUGCAGGCUGCUAUUGAGCAAUUUCAGCACAGACGGUCUUGCACCCUAAAAGAGCUGCAGUCAUUAAUAGGCACAUUAAAUUUUGCAUGUAGAGUGGUUCCCCCGGGGCGGUCAUUCCUUCAACGCAUGAUUGAUUUGACAAGAAAUGUUCAGAAACCACAUCACCAUAUUAAACUCGAUUCUGGUUUCUUCAAAGAUCUUGGGAUGUGGAAAGAGUUUAUUUCCAAGUGGAAUGGUGCCAAUUUCUUCUUGUCAUCUGCGUGGCAUGCCUCAGAUACUUUAAAUUUACAUACGGAUGCCUCCGGCUCCCUGGGUUUUGGGGGUAUCUUUGGUAAAAAGUGGUUUCAGGGAAAAUGGCAUCCACACCAAAAAUUAGGUCAGCCCGGUAUAAGUAUAGCAUGGCAAGAGCUCUUUGCCACAGUUGUUGCAUGUCAAAUCUGGGGUGAGUUACUCGCUGAUCAACGCAUAAAAUUUCAUUGUGACAAUGAGGCUGUGGUAGGCAUAAUCAAUACUAAACGUUCCCAAAUUCCCCGGGUAAUGGAUUUAAUGCGUCACUUAACACUCUUAACCUUGCAACACAAUAUGUACAUUUGUGCAGUGCAUAUUCCUGGCAAAAAUAAUGACAUUGCUGAUGCAAUUUCCCGUUCUCAAUUUCAGAGGUUUCGACAAUUGGCACCAAAUGCAGAUACCAAUCCCUGCCAAGUUCCAGAAAUGUUAACGACUCUCUGAACGAGGACAUACAAAAUUAUAUAAAUCUAUCACUUGCAUCUAUAACACAUAAAACAUAUACCUCGGGUGAAAAUCGCUUUAUAAGCUUCAUCCAUUUGCAUAAACGGAAACAACUAGAGCAAUGUUUGCCGGCCGAUGAAUUACUUUUGACUGAGUUUGUUGCAUUCCUUGCCAAAUCUAUCAAAUAUGCCUCCAUCAAAAUAUAUUUGGCAGCUGUCCGCCACUACCAUAUUCGUCGUGGUUUUCAUUUGCACAUGCAUAAAAUGUUGCGUUUGCAACUUGUUCUUAGAGGGAUUAAGCGUUCUCAAGGAGACCAAAUCAGAGUCCGCCUACCAAUAACCAUCCACCAUCUGAAGCUUUUCCGACUACUGCUUGCAAUUUCCAAUACCAACAAUUUUGAUUCUCUGAUGAUAUGGGCGGCUAUGACAUUAGCCUUCUUCGGUUUUCUUCGUCUUGGCGAGUUAACAUGCAACUCCAAAUUCAAUAAAGAUGUACAUCUUACCCAUGAUAGCAUCUUUUUUCCACCUCGAAUUGGUACAAAAGGCCCACAAUUCAUGACUGUUCGCAUCAAAGAGUCUAAGACAGACCCAUUUCGCUUGGGUCACACAAUAACUGUUGGCGCAACCAACUCUGAAAUUUGCCCUGUACAGGCCUUAGAAAAUUACAUCUCUCUACGUCCUCCCACAAUUGGUCCACUGUUUAUCCAUGCCUCAGGAAAACCUCUAACCAAGCAAGUUUUAACCACUGAAACUCAUAAGCUUCUCGCUCUAUCUGGUUUUAAUGCUUCAAAUUAUGCUGGUCAUAGCUAUAGAAUAGGGGCUGCAACAACUGCAGCCGAAGCAAACUUACCUUCAUGGCUUAUUAAAACAUUGGGAAGAUGGUCUUCGGACUGUUACGAACGUUACAUUAAAACACCUGUAUCUACCUUAUCAGGAGUAUCAGCCAUGCUGGCCAACACAUCCAAAUUUUAA